GAGGGCCUGAGAUGGAUCCCUCCAAGAGAGGUUCCAUGAACUUGUUAAACCAAGGCUCCCCAAGCCAACAUUCUAGCCAAAACUCCCCUCCUACUCAAUUCCCCUCAACUUUCUCCCAAUCACAAUUUCCCCAAUCCCCACAUUUUACCCAAGCCUCACCACCUAAUUUCCAAACAUUCAACCCUUUUGGUCCUCCAGCCAACUAUCACCUAUAUGGUAGUUCUCCUCCAAACUUUCAAGGUUUUCAGCAGCAAGCAAGCUGGUUACAAUCUGCACCAAUAAGUUUUCAAGGUAUUCGUCCUCAAGAAAGUUGGAUGCACUCACCAAAUCAAGUUGUUGGGUCCGCCUCAUCUCAUGGAUCCGAAUCAGCCUCUCAGUGCCCUGCAAGACAGGAAGAGAACAAUUUGGUUAACAUCGAAGAGUCAAGUGACAGUAGCCAGGAGACAGGGAGAAGAGGGACACGCGUCAACUGGACCGAAGAAGAAAACUUACGACUCCUCAGCUCUUGGUUGAAUAACUCACUAGAUUCUAUAAAUGGCAAUGACAAGAAGAGAGAAUACUAUUGGAGGGAGGUUGCUGCAGAGUACAACAGUAAUACAUCUAGCAAUAACCGCAAAAGGACAGUCGUGCAAUGCAAGGCACAUUGGGGUGGUGUUAAGAAGGACAUUGCAAAAUUUUGUGGAGCUUAUUCUCGAGCUAGAAGAACCUGGAGCAGUGGAUUCUCUGAUGAUAUGAUCAUGGAGAAAGCUCAUGCAUUAUAUAAAUCGGAAAACAAUGAUAAAACUUUCACAUUAGAGUAUAUGUGGAGAGAAUUAAAGGAUCAACCAAAAUGGCGACGGAUACUUAAAGAGGACAGCAAUAACAAGAGGACUAAGAUUUCUGAAUCUGGUGCAUAUACAUCAUCAUCCAACCAAGAAACUGAGGAGGAGACCAGCCAAAAAGAGAAGCGUCCUGAAGGGCAGAAAAAAGCCAAAGCCAAGCUUAAAGGGAAGGGAAAAAAACCUGCACCGUCUCCUUUGGGGGACCAGCCAUCUCAAGAUUUUGUUCUCUUCAACGAAGCUGUAAAAUUGAGAGCAGAAGCAGUGCUGAAAUCUGCAGAAGCAACCACCAAAUCAGCGGAAGCAAAGAAGGAACAAACUAGGAUAGAGAAGUAUCAGACAUAUUUAAAGUUGUUGGACAAAGACACUGCUAAUUUUAGUGAUGCAAAACUUAAGAGGCAUGAAGCUGUCCUCGAAAAGCUAGCUACAGAACUUGCAGAAGAAUAAAAGAUCCCUAAGUUAUGUUUGAACCCCUAGUACUUAGUGUGUCACUGUUUCAUUAAGUUUAACUUGCUAGUAAUAUUUAGACAUGUGAUAGGUUUGUAGGGCAAGUAAUUGUUGUAUUGUGAACUCAGUGAACGAUGAAUGUAAUAUUUCACUAGUGAGAAGGCAUAUGAAGUGAUAA